AUGGGACCGCAUCGUGUAUUGUAUAAUACACUUUGCCGAAUCGGCGACAAAGUGGUGUACCCUCUGCUACCCGCCUUCGCUAAGCCUGCUUGGAAUCAUGCGGCUGGACCGAAGACGGUGUUCUUCUGGGCUCCCACCAUCAAGUGGGCCCUUGUAGUGGCAGGACUUGCCGAUCUGGCCAGGCCGGCUCAUAAGCUGUCUCUUUACCAGAAUUCCGCUCUUUGCGCAACAGGUGCAAUUUGGACGCGUUACUGUCUCGUGAUUACUCCUGUCAACUACUACCUGAGCAGCGUGAACUUCUUCGUAAUGUGCAGCGGACUUGUGCAGCUGUGUCGAAUCGCAAAUUAUAGGUACAAAAAUCCUGACUGGGAUCAUCAACAUAAUCAUGGACACGAUGAGAAAUCAUCAUAG